GCACGUGAGAAAUGCUCGAGAGAAAAAAUAACACUCCCCUUAUUUUAUGAUCUAGGCCAUGGUUGCUCUCUAAUCCGGACGCUUGAUCACCAUCCGGUUGAUAAGAGUCCCUUUCGAUUGCACGUGAUCGGACGCGGACCGGGCAACUACUACUUCUCCAUGUUUCUGCAGAAUAUAAAUGGUCAUACAGCCUCACCAGAAGGGCACAAUCCAAUCACCUUAAUAGGCUUCAAAGCUUCUGCUACCAAGAUGCAAACCUUGCCCAGUCCUGGUGAAUCCUUCACCUGUAGUGGACCGUGCUAUGACAGAGCCAAAGAAGCAAAGGAAUUUGAAGAGACCAAAGCUGGCGUCAAAGGCCUCGUCGACUCGGGCGUGGCCAAGGUCCCUAGGCUCUUCAUCCACCCACCCCAGAACCUGCGUGACCUGUCCUCCGACACGGAUGGGGCUGCCACUGGCCUCGAGGUCCCUGUCAUCGACAUGAUGGGCUGUGAGGAUUGCCGGCGGAAGGAUGUGGUCAACGACCUCCGUAGAGCAUUGGAGACUUGGGGUUUCUUCCGGAUAAUCAACCAUGGAAUCCCGGUUGACGCUAUGGAACGCAUGCUGGAAACUGUCAAGCAGUUCCACGAGCAGCCUGAGGGAGUGAAGAGAGAGUGGUACUCCAGAGACGAUGCUAAGAAAUUUAGGUACUACAGCAAUGGAGACUUAUUUUGGUCCAAAGCAGCAACUUGGAAGGACACUCUCUUCUUUGAUUUCCCCUCUGGAGGGCUAGAACCAGAGGCAGUCCCUGUUCUAUGCAGAGAGCCGGUUUUUGAGUACGAAAAGCACAUUGAAAAGUUGAAGAGAUCUCUAUCUGAACUACUAUCAGAAGCAUUAGGGCUUGAUUCAGGCUAUCUUGGUGAAAUUGAAUGCAUGGAAUCCAAGACAAUGGUAGGCCAUUACUACCCAAUUUGCCCUGAGCCAGAGCUGACUCUGGGCACAAUCAAUCACUCAGAUGCCGCAUUUCUCACCCUUCUCCUACAAAACCACCAUGGAGGCCUCCAAUUCCGCCACAAAGACCAGUGGGUUGAUGUGUCCCCUGUGCCUGGAGCAAUCCUUGCCAACAUAGGAGACCUCAUGCAGCUUGUUAGCAACGACAAGUUCAAGAGUGCGGAGCACCGGGUCCUCGCCAGGCAGGCUGGGCCUCGGGUCUCGGUCGCGUGCUUCCUCUUCCCCAGGGGGACACGGAAGUCGAAGCCAUAUGGACCGAUAGAGGAGCUUCUCGACGAGGACAAUCCACCCCUGUACAGAGAGACCUCUUUCCCAGAGUACUUUGGGUAUUACCUCUCCAGUGGCAAUGGCAUGAAUGGUGAAGCGGUGCUUCCUCAUUUCAGAGUAAGCGAGCCCAAGUAGAGAGUA